AGGUCGGCACUAGGAAAUGAAGGAGUAAGCAAGAUUGAGCAUGCAACGCCGACUGCCAGAGUCCAGCUGACAGAACAACAAGACUGGCAUGGAGGAGAGCAGCCAGUGAGAGAAACAGCAGACCACUCUAUCUAUUCAUCUAGAGCUCUGGAUCAUUUAUUAGCUUCGUGUGGGAGAGAGAGGACUUGCUGAGUGCAGCAUGCUGCGUCCUACUGCUGCUGCGGCAGUCUGGCUGCUGCUGCUGCUGCUGGGCCUGGUUAUGUCCCUGGCAGCUGAGGACAACGCAGACUUCUCCCUCUGCAGCCACUGCUUCUUCAGACAGUCGCCUCCUCGGGGAGGGUCCACGGGGCAGCCGCUGACGCCUCGCUGUCACACUCUGCCUGGAGGUAGAACCCUCGCCACGCUUCACACGCCGACCUGUGACACUGCUGUCUACUCUGCCUUCCAUCUCGGCCACGGAUGGACACAGGGACAGGAGGAGGAAGACGUGGUGACAAUCCAGGAUGGUGAUGCUAAUGUCUUGGUUCCGGCGCUCCUCAGAGGAGGCGAUGCUCCUCCUCCGGAGGAGGAUUCACCUCUUCAGCAGUGGGACUCAACAGUAGCAUCUUUGGUCCUGGUGAACUUUGCUCCUCAAUGCAGCUCUUCAGGAGGAGAUCUCUAUGUACUGAUCGGAGCUGGAGGCCUGGAGGCCACCGAGUGCCAAGCCGAGCCACUGUGGUGCGCACUGUACUGCGCUGUGCCUGGAGGGUCGGCGGGUUUUAGUUUGGGGUUAGUCAGCGAGACAGAUGGAGGUGUGAGGGAAGUGAGUGUGGAUGAGCUGGAGGCGACGCUGGGACUUGAGGAGCUGUUCUCUGAUGAGAACCCGGGAGCAGCUGGGGUGCUGGCAAUGGUGGUUCCUGACAGUGAUGCUAAUGUUGACACAGUAGCUGAGGAUGCUUCUGGUGCUGAUGAAAGUUCAAGCAGCCAGAGAGAGGAGCAAUAUUCUGUCAGAGAAACUCGAGCAGCACAGGAAGAAUCUGCUGAAGCGCUGGACGAGGCUGUUAAAUCCACAGCUGAGAUCGAGAAAGAACUUGAGGCAAACUCCAGCAGCACCGUCAUCUACAUCUUGUCCACAGCUUUGUCCAUCCUCAAAGCUCCACUGAGACCUGUGGUCUCCACCGUCACACAGUUACCUGGACAGGUGUCUUACGUUCUUCAAGAGGAUCUUGGUGUUCUCUCUGCUCUACCUGGAGACACCUUUUCGCUGCUUCACCUCUUGACCUCAGACAUCCUAUCCUGGACGGGGUCAGCAGUAGAAACUGUUUACGGUGUCGGGGAGUCCUGCUUCUGCAGUGCUUACUACUGUACCUCCUCUAUGCUGGGGGCCCUCUACGACAGCUGCUACACUGGGGUGACUGGCGUAGGUACCCUGGCGGGGGACACUGUCGGGAUAUUUGGCGAUGGUCUGAACAAUGCAUGGUGGGUAACAAAGCUAUUCGGGGGGCGACUGUGGGAACAGAGUGAAGACUACGUGGGAACGGUGGUAUCCGAGAUGGGAGGUCAGACGAAAGCUCUGGGCGGAGGAUUGGGUCGGCUGGUGUGGAGGAGUGGAAAAGGUGUGGGGAAUGUGUUUUUUAAAGGCGGGGGUCUCAUAUUCGGGGUGUUUGAUAUGUUGUUUGGUGCCGCGAGGGAUGUUGUCGAGCAGGAGUCUGAGUCAUAGAGAAAAGGUCUACCAAAAGAAUUCAUCAAAAUUGCUACACAGUUACAUUUUCUUUUGCGAAGAGAGCAGUUUUGAACACAGAAUCACGAUUCACUGAGUUUUGAUGGCAAAAGUGAUGAAUGAAUA